CCCUCCAAAUUCAUAAACAGUAGUUCCGCAGAUUUAGCUUCGCAGGCGGCGGAUGAACCAACUCUCAGCGGCCGCCAACGCAUGAUUUCGAUCGCCAUCGUUGAUUGGGUGCUGUUCUCGAUCGCCUUGCAGUACUCAAUUUACUUCGCUUCCUUGUGGCCCUAUUUGUCACAGGCAAGAAAAUUUUUUUGUUUUUCUUUCCGUUUUAAUACACGUAAAUUUUUACCUAUCGACCAUGAAACGACGGAGAAAUUCUUUGGCUGGGUGAUCGCCAUCUACUGCGUUGGGCAGAUUGUUGCAUCUCCCAUCUACGGCUACUGGAGCAACCACGCAAAGUCGCUGCGUUUCGCUGCUGUCACCGCCGUUCUGUUCGGUAUCGUCGGCAAUCUGAUCUUCAUUCUGGCCGAAAAUUUUCCAACCAACCGUCGGUUCGUUUUACUAGGCGCCAGAGUGGUUAUGGGCUUAUCUUCCGGUAAACAUUCUUCAAUAUCGAAGAUGCAAAUGCAGACGCAGUCUUUUAUUCUGGCAGUGCUUCAUCGCGUUUAUCUUUUAGGCAUUCAAGCAUUGGUUGCUUUCGUCGGUUACCCCGGCCAUUACGUUGGCCCCUUUCACAUCAACAUGUACACGAUGCCGGCCAUUCUGUUAAUGAUGGCCAAUGCCGUGUCCGUUGUACUGAUGCUGACCAUGUUCAAGGACGAUUAUACGGGCAUCAAGGAAUCCAGAUCCGAGAGUACUCAAGUUUUUGUUUCUCGUUUGCAGUAUGUAUAUUUUCGAACUUUUGACUUACAGAUCACUUUGUCGUCGUUCCCAAAUUCAAGAUUUCAGCGGGUUGGCUCCCCUUUCGGAAUGGCGAUGUUCAACUGGACAAGAAAAGAAGCGACGGUCUAUGGUAGCAUUCUCAUGGGCGUUUCAUCAAUUCUGUCAUUACUAAUCUAUAUACUGUAUGCCUGGAAAGGUCGAAAGUACCUGUUCAGUUCCCAUGGCCCAAUGGCCGUUUGGUCCAUGCCUAUACUGUUGAUGGUCAGCUCGGUGGUGCUCGUCAGCACCACCUACGAUAUUCUCGUUCCUCUGGAAUUGCACUCGCACCUAAAAUCCGGACAAUCAUUGACUUCCACCGGAGGCUCGUUUUCGAAGUUCUAA